CUGUACUUUAUGACAGAUACGAGUUUUAUCAAGGGUAUAUUCGUUGGAUUAUAUUCGGCAAUUCUCCGGUCAUUUUUUUGUUCUCAUACGCGAGGAUUCUACCUGUUUGCAUCCACUCUUUAUCAUCCCGAGUUUCUUCCCGUGGCUUAUAAAUGCAAGGAUUAUGAAACUUUUAAGAAAGGAAAAUGUAGCGAAUGCGGGACAGAUGGAAGAAAUUGUGCGGCAAUUGGGAUUCACGCCGAAAAAUACGCAAAUAAAAUAAUAAACGGCACUGUAACGAUGUAUGCGGCGACAACAUUUACCGACGGAUAUUUCUUAUAUCAGUACCACGUGGAAGUGACUUUCCGUUUUACUGCAGAUAGCACUAUUGAAGUAGGAAAAUUAGUGUUGAUUAUUAAUUCCAAAAUAAUUAAAAUCUUGGAUAAAGACUUAUAUAUUCAAUAUGUGAAAAGUAUAUUUAAACCCGGAGCGACUUAUACCUAUUUAAUAACAACUACUCACGAUCUGGAGCCAAUAACAAAUCUUAAAGUAUUUUGGUAUAGUGUGCUACCUCGUAAGGAUAAUAAAUUGUAUAUUCAGUGCGUGAAAAUAGUACCCAUGAAUAAUCUACAAACAUAUCGUUUAAAGUUAACCACAUUUGGUACUACAAACGGAGAAGGUAUUCUUCCUCAUCACAUUGUAAAAUUGCAUUUAGGGAGACGUUGCGGGCACUAAGCUGGUCGGAUCCACGCUAAGUCUACAGAAUCCGUCGUGAUUCCGAUAAGGCCAAUAAAUGAGUCGGCCUCUCGGGAAGAUGGUCUAUGGGAUUCUGGCCUCUCUUUAGGUUCUAGAUACAUGAAGAACACCCGGAAAACUCCGCGCUGAUAGUCCGUUGGUUAGGCCCGAACUCACUGCUAAUGGGCCAGUGCAUCCGUCUGAUCGAAAAGCAUCGGAAAUGGUUCAAGAAAGCGCAAGAUUUAAAUUUAUUCAUCAAAAUUUAUUUCGUUUCCUUCAAAGUAAUUCCUCCUACUGUAAUGCAUUUAUGCCAACGUUCUUUUUAAUCUUCGAAACACUUUUUAAAGUCGUUUUCGUGAAACCCGUUCAAAACUGGCAGAAAAUUACUUGACAUGGAAUUUUCGGAGUCGCUUUAACUUUCAAGCGGCAUUCACUCGACUGCUGAACUGUUUCGGUAUCAAAAGCAUAGAUACAUGUUUCAUCACCAGUAAUGAUGCAUUUUAAAGAUGAUUCUUCGAUGAUUUCCUCGAGCAAUUGAACAAUUGUUUUUGGAAAAAAUUUAACGUUCUGAGGGUUUUAACUUCAAAUAUAUAUAUAUUUCUUCUCGUUAUUCUGUUUUCGUUUUCUACAUUAUACGUUUUUAUCUGCUUCAGCUGUACUGAGUAAUUCGGGUAUUUCAAGAGGUACUCCUGAUAUAAAUUUUUCAAUUAAUAACUACUUUAAGGGAUCGGAAGCAGAAGUUUCUUCAGAAUAAUAAUAUAUUUCCUCAUUCAUUGUUUUUAUCUAUACUGUUUUGAUAGAUGGAAACAAAAGUUUUCUUUGGGCUUUCAUUAGCUACCUCAUUUACUUAAUUACUCAGCAUUACUUCUCCUUUUUUCUCCUUACUUCUCCUUUUUUCUCCUUACUUUACUUACUGAGGAGAAACGAUCUCUAUUGAUUUAAUUCGUUCAAUUCUUCUUCAUUCUAGAUUCGUAUUUAUAC